AUGGAGCUUUCACCUCCAUCUCUUAGCAGAUCACCCGUGUCGUCGCCCAACACGUGCUCGCCGCAAAACAAUUUGUCAGACUACCCUUCGCCAGAUCUGCUCGAUAGCCAUUACAGAAUCACCUCCAUAUACGAGGGAGUCUGCGGUGGCAUGGAUCCCAAUCUCGACCCAGUGACGUCGCUACCUGCGCUAGACACCAUGACUUCGGCAGACUGGCCGGGGACGACGUCAGCGGGCCUGCCCAACGUCAUGUCAGUCGACUAUGAUGCCUUUGCCAACUACGAGCAGUCUAUUCCCGCCUAUGGCCAUGACAUGUAUUCAGCACACGGCCAGCAGAGCCCCCAGCUGCUUCAUAGGACACUGUCCCGCACCUCCGUCACAUCUUCCCGGCCUUCACCAAUGCCGCGCAUUAAGAUGGAGGGUGAAUAUACCGAGGUUUCUGAUUAUCCGUCGCCGCGUUCUGCCCAAGCAUUACCUAUAGAAGUGGGCAAUUAUAAUUCCCACCCCGGCAGCUCGGGUUACCUGUCAGACCCGGCCAGCAACUGGCUCAAGUCCGAGUACAACAACCAUGCAGAGUCAGACCAGUUGCAUUCCAGCAGCCAAGGGCUCGUGCCAUCAGACCAACCCAGACAGUACCGACCGCCGCGCGCAAUACGCAGACACCCGCGGCGGCUCACCACCAAGGACGAGGCAGUCUUCCACUGCAGGGUCGAGGGUUGUGGCAAAAUGUUCAGCAGAAGCUACAACUACAAAGCGCACAUGGAGACGCACGACGAAAACAGGGAAUACCCCUUUCCCUGUCCCGUAAGCGAUUGCAGCAAGAGGUUCGUCCGGAAGACGGACCUCGCAAGACACCAUCAAAGUGUGCAUAUGAAGAAAAAGAACCACAGGUGCGACUACUGCGGCCGCAUGUUCGCGAGGAAAGAUACCUUGCGAAGACACAUGGAAGAUGGCUGUCCCAAGCGCUUUGACAUUGGCACUCUGGACCUGCGUCAAGAGGGAUACAAUUCGCCCCAUCGAGGCCAACUUGCACCUUUGGCUCAACUGCCUCCGAUACAGCCAGGAAGCCCAAACCAAAAUCUUCUGGCGCCUGUUCCCUCCUUAGCGCGGCGGCAGUUUGGCGAUUAA